UCCAAAUCAAUUCACACCAACUUAAGUGAGAGUAACGGAAAGGAGAGAUGAAGUCCAAAUUCUACUCUGUUUCCAUCAAAUUUCUAAUCAUUCACCUUCUGUCAGUUCUUUGUGUUUCUCAAAGCUUCGAUUUCUUCUACUUUGUUCAACAAUGGCCAGGGUCGUAUUGUGACACAUCACAGAGUUGCUGUUAUCCAACGUCGGGAAAGCCUGCACCGGACUUCAGUAUUCAUGGACUCUGGCCUAAUAAUAACGAUGGCAGCUAUCCUUCAAACUGUGAUCCCAAUGAUCCCUUCGAUAAAUCUAAGAUUUCAGAUCUGACAGGCAGUAUGGAAAAGAGCUGGCCAUCACUGGCUUGCCCAAGCAGCAAUGGGUUAAGCUUUUGGUCACAUGAAUGGAAUAAACAUGGAACCUGCUCAGAGUCUGUGCUUAACCAACAUGGUUACUUCCAAGCUGCUCUCAACUUAAAAAACCAAGUCAAUCUCCUCCAAACUCUAAAAACUGCAGGAAUACAACCAAAUGGAGAGUCUUAUAGCUUGGAAAGCAUUAAAGGUGCUGUAACAAAAGGAAGUGGGUACACCCCAUGGGUUGAAUGCAAUGCUGAUGAAUCGGGAAACAGCCAGCUUUACCAGAUUUACUUGUGUGUAGACACAUCUGCCGCCAAUUUCGCUGAAUGUCCAGUGUUUCCAAAGGGAAAAUGUGGCUCCCAGAUUACAUUCCCUUCCUUCUAGUGGGAGUAUUAUAUCUUUUUUAAUAAAUUUAAUAGAAGAUUGAUCUACAAACACUUUGUUGCAUUCUUGUUAUAUUCUACCAUCUGUUUUUUUUUUUUUUUUUUUUUAACUAUUUUGUACCAAGUAACAGAUAAAUCAGUAUGGCUUUCCAAGGUAAUAACAGGAUUUAUUA